AUGUCUAAUAAGAGGAAGCUACUAAAUGAUAUUUUUGUUGAUAAAGUUGUUCCAAAAUUGAAAACCAAUAGAAAAAGUUCACCUUUAUUAACUAAUUUUGAAAAAUGGUCUGAUAAGAGAAAGAAAUUGUUAUUCGAAAAUGAACUGGCAUUGCUUAGAUCUGGAAUCUCAGAUUUUGGUUUAGAGAAAAAUAUAUUUGCUAAACUGUUAAGUUCACCUAUCAGAUGCGAAAGGAUGGCAUGGUCUAGAUCACCAGCUGAUCUAUUGAUGCAAGUAAAAAUUAAUUCGAUAAAAGCCAGUAAUGCUUUAAGUAAUAAAAAAUUUGAACUAAUAUCAGGCAUUGGGAAUUUGAAAGGUAGUAAAAAUGCAUACCUUGUAAAUUCUGAAAAAUUGUUAUCCAAAAAGGGGCUUUCUCAUGAAGGUUGGAUCAUGUCAAUUCUAACAGCGUCUUCUUUGCAUUCUAUAGAUUUACAAGAUAUUCUAAUAGACAAUAAAAAGCUUGUUGCAGGGUAUAGAGAACAAUUAGAAUCAAGUAUUAUAGCAGGACUAGAAAAUGUUGCAAAAAAUCUCAUUUCAAGAGACCAUUCAGUAGUGCUGUCAUUCGAUGAA